AUGUCACGUUCUGUCAAGUGUAGUGUGUUUUUCUUGGUGUUUGGAGUGGUUUUGAUAAUACUGGGAUGUGUUUUUAUCCCUGUGUUCCAUAAUAUGAUCCACAAUGAGAUAAAGGAGCAAAUACCUCUUAAAGUUGGAUCUAAAUCCUACAACACCUGGUUGGAUCCUCCUGUACCGAUCUACUUCCAAGUGUGGGUUUUUGACCUUGUAAAUCCACUAGAGGUUGUCCAGCAAGGAGCAACUCCAGCUGUGAUACAGAAAGGUCCAUACUCAUAUAGGGAACACAGACAAAAGGUCAACAUCACUUUUUUUGAAAAUGGCACAUUGGCCUACAGAGAAAAAAGAUCUUUUACAUUUGAUCGAGAAAUGUCAGUGGGCCCUGAGAGUGAUACGUUUACCACCGUCAACCUGCCAAUGAUUACAAUAGCUGAGUUGAUUCGAUUUGAAUAUGGCUGGCUUCAAGCAUUCGUUGAUGCAUUGCUGGAAGCUGUUGGCGAUGCAGAACUAUUUUUGAAGCUGUCUAUUGCAGACAUACUGUGGGGCUAUGAAGAUGCUCUAUUGAAAUCUAUUAAAGAAAUUGCUGAACGGUUUAAUCACACACUUCCUGAUGAAUUUGGUUUGUUCUUGAAUAAUAAUGGCUCAGAUGAUGGCCUAUACACUAUUUUCACUGGAUCAGAUGUUCAGGGAAUUGACAAGUUCAAUCUUAUAAACAAAUGGAAUUAUAAACAGAGACUUGGAUACUGGAAUACAGACUUCUGUGACAUGAUUAAUGGAACUGAUGGGACAAUGUUUCCUCCUUUUCUAGAAAAGUCAGAUAAACUGUACAUCUUCUCCACAGACAUCUGCAGAUCUAUCUAUGCAGCUUAUGAAAGUGAUAUUAAACUGAAGGGAAUCAACUUGUAUCACUUCACUGUACCACCAAAGGUGUUUGAAAGAGCGUCUCUAAAUGAGAAUAAUGCUGGGUUCUGCUCUCCACCAGGUCAUUGUCUUCCAUCUGGUGUUCUCAACAUUAGUGUGUGCAAGUCAGGUGCUCCUGUGGUGAUUUCUAAUCCACACUUCCUCCAGGCAGAUGAUGAAGUCAUUAAUGGGGUGAUCGGGAUGCACCCAAACAAAGAGGAACACCAAACAGUCCUGGAUGUAGAUCCACUGACAGGAGUUGUGAUGAAUGCAGAGAAAAAACUUCAGCUUAAUGCUUUUUUACAAAAAGUAGAUAAUUUCAAAUCUACUUCAAAUAUAAAGGAUGUUUUUUUCCCAAUCAUGUGGCUUAAUGAGAGUGCCUUGAUAGAUGAUAAGUCAGCCAAUGAAUACAAGACAAGUCUGGUGACUCCAAUAAAGAUCACACAGGCAGUCCAGUAUGGUCUCAUUGUCAUUGGAGCAUUCCUCUUUAUCUGUGCCUUGGCCUUCUUCAUCAAACACAAAGUGACUCAGAAGAAAGCUGACGUACUUGUAGACAUUCCAAAUGAGAGGUUAACUAAUGACCGUCCAGAUACAGAGAGAACAAACCUCAUACAAACAUAACAGGGCAUCAUGGGAAAAUUGGUGUGAUUGUAACAGUAGUCAUCUCCUUUCUGGAAAGGUUGUUCU